UUAAAGGAAUCCUGAAGAACUGGAAGCCUGAAGGCAGCUUUUAUCUUCCUUUGUCCCAGAGGAAAAGAAGUACAAAUUAGCUGCUCUUUUGACAAAAUAUCUGUGCUUCUUGUGCAUCCUCUCACAGCUGCCAACAUGAACUACUGUACUGGAUUCUUCUCUCCUACAGAAUGCACCAAGAGAAACCUUUUUCUACUUUUCAUCUUUUCUGUUACUGCAAUAUAUUUGUUUUCCUAUUUUUAUGCUUCUCAUCACCUUGCUAAAAGUGAUGAUCUUCACAUGGAAAAGGAAAAGAGUUUACUUGAAAAAAUACUUACAAAUUUCAAACAAAUCUCAGGGAAAGAAAACGGAGAGCUACCACCUGAAAAUGAGAAAUCUGAGAAUGAAGCCACACCCACUCCCACACAGUCAUUUACAUUCCUUAUUAAUGAAGAAGAGAAGUGCAAAGACAGAACACCUUUCCUGGUGUUGCUGAUAGCCACAACAGCAGUUGAGCUGCAGCACAGGGACGCCAUCCGGAGGAGCUGGGGCAGCGAAGGCGCGGUUCCGGGCGCCGACGUUGUCCGGCUCUUCAUGCUCGGCAUCGACGCCAAGGGCGCGCACAGGGACGUCCUGCUGAGAGAAAGCGAGCAGUAUCACGACAUUAUCCAGCAGGACUUCCUGGACACCUACAACAACCUCACUCUUAAAACUCUGAUGGGCAUGAGGUGGGUGGCCUCUUACUGCAACGGCACCAGGUUUGCUAUGAAGACAGACACCGACGUUUUUGUCAACACGAUGUACCUGAUUGAAAAGCUCCUCAGGCCUCUCCCACCUCCCACACAGAAUUAUUUCACAGGCCAUUUAAUGAAAGGGCACUCCCCUAUUCGGCAUAAAGCCAGUAAAUGGUACAUAUCCGAAGAAGAAUUCCCAGGUAACAGAUACCACCCUUUCUGUUCAGGAACUGGCUACGUCUUUUCUGGAGACCUGGCUGCAAAAAUUGUCAACGCUUCUUUAACGAUUGAGUAUAUACAUUUGGAAGAUGUUUACGUAGGGUUUUGUCUUCAUGCAAAGGGAGUAGAAAUAGUACCACCUCGUUCUUCACUGUUUAACAUACACAAGGUCCCGUUUUCUCCUUGUACAUACAAUAAAAUAAUUACAUCUCAUCACAUUCAGCCACACGAGCAAAUACUCUAUUGGGAAACACUGCAAGAGAAGAACCACACGUGUUAGAAGAGAAAGGUCCAGCCUGGAGCAUCCUAGGAACUUUCUCUGACAAUGGGCAAAGCAGCAGAUGUUUUCUUAGUAGGAACAGAACAUCUGUGUAAAAACUUUCAAGGUCCAUGGACAUUCUGAAUUAGGUGCCUAGGUUUUGUAUUAGGUUGAAUUCAAAGGAUUUUUCUUCCAUAAAAAAGUCUUUCCUGUUGAGUGAAUACUGAUUGGCACCUUAUUUAGUUUUGGAUGAAGCAUCAAUUAAUUUUUAAAGUGUUUUAAAGUACAGCAAGAGACCAUAUCAACCCUACUGAAGAAAUAGCAAAGACAAUGCAAUGAAACUUGUUCUUUUAUUACCAACUAAUAAGUUAAUGUAUUAAUUUGAUACUGCUCGGGUGUAAUUUGCCUAUGUACCAUUAAAUGUACUCGUGUGGCAUUCCAGUGUGACUGAAGAAGAAAGCAUACGUGAUAUCCUGUGGUGGGGAAUUGGUGCCAGAAAUGUGGGCAGAAACUGCUUCUUUGGAAAAUCUAACAUUAGCAUUUCCCACACCUCAGUGCUCACACUGGCGACUACUCUCUGUGGUCAUAUAUACAAAGAACACCUCACACAAAAAACCUUACGAUUUGUAUUACAUGUCCAUGAUUACUUACUUGUUAUCAUGGAGAUGUAAUAAAAAGGGGAAAAUGAAAUGCUGAUAAAUCGUCCCAUUAGCAAUAUAAUAAAUUACAUUUUAGGGCAUUCAGCUGUGUAUAAAAUAUCCUCAUAGUUAAGUAAAAAAUAAGAUGAUGCUUAUUAACCUCAGAAGAUGAAAAGAUAAAUCUCUAUCAGAUGCACAUGGGAAUCAAAAUACCAGUCACAUGAACACCAAACACUUGAGCUGGAGGUGAAAUGAGACAGUGAGUAUACAUUAUAUGCACCCCCAAAACCCCUGAAUCCUGCAGUGCAGUCCUUCUGUGCUCUGUGCAGCUCCACCCAGGACUCACAGAGAGUGGGAGCCUGUGCUGCAGCCACUGGACACAAUGCAUUUCUCCCUUAUGGAAAUUUGGUCUUAAACUUUUUGAUUAAAUAAUAUUAUUACUCAUCUAAUACCUACAAAGGACAUGUUUUCUAUCUCAUAGGGAUACUUUUUCACAUGGACUUUCAAGACCUUUUUACAUUUACCUCAGGAAAGAUACAGCUAACAAAAACAACACACCCUCAGGGGUUUCCUGGGUCUCCCAAUAUUUUCUGAAAUUUUAAGUUUUACAGGAUGUUGUGUUUAAAAAAUUAGUCUUUUUGGACAUAAUAUGUUGGUUACUUGAUAGUAGUCACGGCAUCUUGCAGAGCUGACACCUUUACUUUACAUUAAACAAUGUAGUGAGCUCAUCUCUGAAAUCUGUUCCCUUCACGUGGAUGGGGAACACCAGGUCAUGCAUGGUUGUGCAGUAACAACCCAUGCAGGUGAGUAAAACCAAACAAACUCAACCCUCACAUGUUCUCCUAUUACUUGGAUGGUAAUAAAGUUCUCCAGGUUAUUCAGUAAUUCCUGAAGAUGGGAGCCCAGCAGAGAAGGACCUGGGGGUGCUGGCUGACAGCAGCUGACCAGUGUGUGCCCAUGUGGCCAAGAAGGCCAAGGGCAUCCUGGCUUUUAUCAGGGAUCGUGUGGCCAGCAGGACCAGGGCUGAUUGUCCCUCUGUACCCAGCACUGGUGAGGCCUUACCUCAAAUCCUGUGUCCAGUUCUGAGCCCCGAGUCCAAGGAAGGCUUUAAGAUGCUGCAGUGAGUCCAGAGAAGGAUGGCCGAGCUGGUGAAGGGCCUGGAGCACAGGUCUGAUGAGGAGUCUGGAGGAAAGGAGGCUCAGGGGAGACCUUUACACACUCUACAACUGCCUGGAAGGAGGUUAUAGAAAGGUGCUUGGUUUCUUCUCCCAGGCAACCAGAGACAGGAUGAGAGGAAAUGGCCUCAAGCUGCAGGAUGGGAGGUUCAGGUUGGCCAUCAGGAAGAACUUCUUCAAGGAAAGAGCUGUCACGUAUUUGAACAGGCUCCAGGGAAGUCGUGGAGUCACCAUUGCUGGAGGUGUCCCAAGAAAUGACAGGUCGUGGCACGUGACACUCAGUGCUGUGGUUUAGUUGGCAUGCAGGUGCUUGGUGAAAGGUUGGACUAAAUGAUCUUGGAAGUAUUUUCCAACCCUAAUGGUUCCAUGAUUGUAUAAAAUAGGAUAAUAGAGGCUUCACUACAGCCUGAAGCUGAGUGCACAAGCAGCACAAUUGGUUGCAUUAACAGAGACUUGCCAGUUGUGCAAAUAAAAGGCUAUGAAGAUACGAAUUCCUUGUUUUCGUUUGGAGUCUGUGGAAUCUGCCACACCACUGUACAGUUAUGGAAGCAGUGAGAGUUUGUAAAGUCUAGCAGGAAUAAAUACCAAAGCUAAAACUAUUAAAAGCCAUAGACUUGCAAACAAAAUGAACCAGUUCAUCAGCCAGCCAAUACUGGUGAAAGGAUAAAGUGAUCUAGAGAAGUUUUCCUAUUAUCAGUAAUUGGUAGUGUGAGUUUUAGUGAUUAGUCAAAUUAUUAAUGUUGUACCUGUGUGCUUUAAAGGUACCAGAGCCCUGUGCAGAACCCCAUUCAGGAUGCCCCAGUUUUCUGAGAUACCUCAUGCACAUGCAGUAGUAUUUACUCUUUCAUUUCCAUACUUUGUCCCCCAGUCCCUCUCCUGGUUGGCAUGGGCCAGUUCCAAAUCAUAACAGUUUAAAGUCUAGAUAUUGUAGAAAAUUUAGUUCACAGGAAUGACAGAUGCUUAUUUUUAACUUAAUGAAAUAGAAAUAUUUGCCUUUUUAAGCUUCUUGGGGGUUUAUACUUCUGUUGAAUUACCAUUACUGGCAUCCUUGCAUUGCCAGUGGAGGCAAUAAUUAAGUAUAUAACAACAUUAUCAUUGUUAUUUUCAAUUAGCUUCAAGAAGCAAAGUCUGGGUCAUAUCUCAUAACUUAAUAUUAAUUAUUAACUCUUUUCCUGUAUCCAUGCAGUGCAUGUCCUGUAUCAAGCACAAGGAACAGUGGCUGAAAUGCUGAAGUGCUGUUCUUCAGUCAUUUAUUCAUUGUACAUCUCUUUCAAGGUGGGUAGGGUUGCUUCUAGUAGAAUAUCAAGAAUAUACAACCAUAUUUUAUGCAUAUUGCUUUGUUUUAAAAAAAUCUACAUUUAUAAAUGCCUUGAUAUACAAAUAACCUUGAUGUACAAAUUGAUGCACCUGUGUAGAGCUGCUUCAUGUUAU